AUGAAGAAUGAUGGUGAAUUAACGGAGGAGGACGUGUUUAAAUGCCUGUCCAUCCUGGGACAGUCAGCUACCGGACUCCAGCACACUUACCUGUGCCUCUCUGUGUCAGGGCGAGACUUGAAAAAUGUCUCCAUUUUAUGCAAUUAUAUCUAUCUACAAAAGCUAGAGCUUCCCUACAAUAAAAUCAAAGAUCUAUCCUGCGUGAGUCACAUGCCACACCUCAUCAUACUGGAUGCUUCCCACAACCAACUCACCGAUUUCUUUGGAUUCCAGCCGCCAAAAAAUCUCAAGGAGGUCAAUUUCUCACACAACCAGAUGUCAGUAAUGAAGGAUCUUUCUGUAUAUUCCUCUUUGACCAAGCUGAUUCUUGACUAUAAUUCAUUUAGUGCCAUCAGGGGGCUGGAAAAGUGCAAAAGGCUCUCACACCUCAGUCUGGCCCAUAACAACAUCUCCCGCAUUAGGGGUCUGGACCAUCUGCCUCUCAGAAAGCUCUGCCUGAGGGGGAAUGUGAUACAGAGGAUUGAGAAUCUCCAGACUCUACGCAACCUGCAGGUUCUGGAUUUGUCCUGUAACCGGUUUCAAAACCUCUCGGGUCUCCAAAACCUCCAUCUCCUGGGAAACAUCAACCUUGAGAGCAAUCUGAUCAGUGAGGUAAAAGAGGCUGCACAUUUGCAUGACCUGAUAUUGUUGAGAGAAAUGAAUCUCCUCAGAAACCCAGUGCAGGACCAGGAUGACUAUAGACUAGCUGUGAUAUUCCUCCUUCAGCACCUCACCAUUCUGGAUCAACACACUGUAACUGCAGAGGAGAAGGUGUCUGCUGUGAACAACCACGACCCUCCUCUGGAGGUGAUCGCAGCCAGAGAUCACAUGACCCACUUGGUAUACCAGCUCAUGCAACCUCAGGUUAUUUUUGACAGUACUCUCCCCAGUCUGGAUGCUCCAUACCCCAUGCUGGUCCUCACUGGCCCGCAGGCCUGUGGGAAGAGGGAACUAGCCCAUAAGCUGUGCCAGGAUUUCAGCGACUACUUCGCUUAUGGUGCCUGCCACACCACCAGGGGGCCCUAUUAUGGGGAAGAGGAUGGAUCUGACUAUCACUUUGUCACUGAGGAAGAAUUUCAGAACAUGAUUCAAAUGGGUCAGUUUGUCCAGACGAUGCAGUACGGAGGACAUUGGUAUGGCCUGUCGCGGGAAACAAUUGAGUGUGUGGCUCGCGAAGGUCUUGCCUGCUGUGUGCAUAUGGAACUAGAGGGAGUGUAUAGUUUGAAGAACUCGUAUUUUGAGCCCCGUUACGUCUUGCUGAUCCCCACUGUUGUUGAUAAUUACGUCUGCUUUCUGAAUGCAAGAGGAUUCUACAGCAUUGCUCAGAUGGAAACAGCUGUGUCUCGUAUUGAUUUGUAUUCCAAGACCAACAGAGAAUUACCUGGCUUCUUUGACAACAUCAUCCCUUGUGAUGAUCGUGCUGAGGCCUACCAGGCUUUAAAACAACUGGUGAAGGAGUACCUGGGUCUAGAGGAGCAUGGAGGAGGAGGUGACAGCAGCUCAGUCACACCUGACAACACCUCCACAAACGCAACUGGCGAGUUACUGGCAGCCAACACGACAGAGGCCACUGACCUCAUGGACUCCUACAGCAGAAACUACCAGAACAAAAUCCAGGCCCAGAUGACCCCUCAGCAGACCCCUGCAGAAAUGGCUUCCAAUCACAGGCAUCAGCAGCUGAUUCGAGAAGCUCUGAGCGGGAAGAGUCUUGGUGCAUAUGCCGAGCUGUUUCAGAGAAGUGCACCCACAGCUCCAUCAUCAUUAGCCUCUCAGUCCCGGCCCCCACCCGGCCCCUCUUCCUCCCCAAUGUGUCCUGUUGGCCUCAGCGCUCCUGACCCCGAUGAGGACAGCAGUUCUGAGGAAUCUCGUGCCAGUUCUGGCCUGUCCAUGAGGAGCUCAGCGGGGGCGCUCUCAGCGGCCCAGGGAUCAGACGCUGGGUCAGGGCCCAACAUAGAGCCUUUGGAUAUGUCUAUGUUGGGGCAGGACCAGGACUCUCUUAGAGGUGACGAGCAUUUUUCUCUCUGUCACAUGGUCUCUCCAACACUCCCCUCCUCCCCGGGCCGUCCAGGUGCCACCGUUAAACCAGUCCUGCCACCCAUCCCAUCUGGAAGGAAGACCAGUGAUUCCGGCUCAAAGCAAUAACUAACAGGACAGAGAGCUAGAGAGGGUAUAGAUAGUGAGAUAUCAGCACAUCAUGUGAGUGUUA